GUUGAGAGUUGAGUGAGAAAACACUACGAUUGAGCUUGUUUAAGAAAAAAUGAUGAGAGUGAGUUUCUUAAUGUUGCUUGCCAUGGCUUUGGCAGCGACUGCUGUUCAUGCUCGCCUAGACCUAUUUGCAAUUGGUCAGCUGCUUACCCCAAAUACCCAACCAGGCCAGAAUGUUGGAUGCCAGAAAAUUCCAUUUUUACUGUGCGAUCGUGUCUGUGAUCGUUGCAUUUGCGAUAGGCGUGUGCCAGAACAUGCAGAGUGCACUUGUGCACAAUGGAAACCGUUUGGAGAACAUCCGAGAUCCGACGGAGCACAGGUCCAUGUGAUUGAAAAAGAAAAAUCACAAAUUGCAGUAGAGUCAGCUUCAGGAACCAUUCCAUAUACAGAAUGCAUCAAAACCUGCGAUGAAUGUUUCUGCACCCAGAAGUGGCCUCCAGAGAGCAAUGUGUGCAUUUGCAUCAACCACAGCAAAUCAAAGAAACCAGCUGUUGUGGUCGAAGAAGUGACCGCAGAAUUGAAUAGAGAAUUGGCCUUGGUCUCCAAGCCGCUUGCAAAAUCAGUAGGAGGCUUUAUUCCAUAUCCGGAAUGCAUAGAAAAAUGCGAUGAGUGUGUGAUUUGCACUAAAAUCUAUCCAAUUGAGGCUGCACUGUGCUAUUGUGGUAAGAAGACUGCUUCCAACUCCAAGAAACCAGCACUCGAAUAUGCGGAAAAAUUGCUUACAAAAUUGGACGUAGUCGCCAUACCAGUUGCAAAAUCAGUGGGAGGCUUUAUUCCAUACCCAGAAUGCAUAGAGAAAUGUGAUGAGUGUGUGAUUUGUACACUCCCUUAUCCAAUUGAGAAAGCAUUGUGCUACUGCGGUAUGAACACGAAAGCUGAAGGCAGAGCCCUCCCUAUCUCGCUAGCGGACUAACUUGCUAGCUUAGUUGCUAGCUGUUCUUCCCCAAAUGGUUGAUCGAGUUCGUUGAUAAAUAAAAGGGCUAUAAUAUGGUGGGUUUGACGCCUACUAUUGAUGCCCUGGACUUCCUUUGAGCUUCCUUAAUGAUGUGUUCUAAGGACUAAGGCUUUAGUUAGUUGUUAUGCACAAUAAGCUUGCAUUUGUCUCUGCAUAUAUGUAAGUGGUCCGGAUUAUGUUAUAUGUAUGAUGUUGUUAGUUUCAAUCAACUGCAUUAAGGGAUACACUACAUAAACUAUGUACCGGUUACAUAUAAUAAUUUUUCUUAUUCAAAACA